GUUAUACCUACAAGAAUCAGCGUAAGGCAAGGCCGUGCGCAAAGUUCCCUGUGUUUACGACACCUCCCCUCCUGUCUGGCCGCUCAUGUGACUGAGUCAGGCGGUAGUGCGCAGGGCGGGGCCAGUUGCUGGGGGAGUCCUGCAACAAUGUGGCAUCUUGUAGUUGCACUCUGCUUCUUGGCCUCCAUCGCCAGCUCCCGGCAUCUCCCCUACUUUGCCCCCUUGUCACACGAUAUGGUGAAUUAUAUCAACAAGGUCAACACUACAUGGAAGGCUGGACACAACUUUGCUAAUGCUGAUCUACACUAUGUAAAGCGGCUCUGCGGAACUCUCCUUAAGGGCCCCCAGCUGCAAAAGAGGUUUGGGUUCGCUGAUGGCCUGGAGCUUCCUGACAGUUUUGAUUCCCGGGCAGCCUGGCCCAACUGUCCCACCAUCCGGGAGAUCCGAGAUCAGGGAUCCUGCGGCUCUUGCUGGGCAUUUGGUGCAGUAGAAGCCAUCUCUGACCGUGUUUGUGUGCACACCAAUGGGAAGGUGAAUGUGGAGGUGUCGGCAGAAGAUCUCCUGUCCUGCUGUGGCGAUGAAUGUGGCAUGGGUUGUAACGGAGGGUACCCGUCUGGAGCCUGGCAAUUCUGGACGGAGACCGGUCUGGUAUCUGGGGGCUUGUACGACUCUCAUGUUGGCUGCAGGCCCUACUCGAUCCCUCCCUGCGAGCACCACGUGAAUGGCUCAAGGCCGGCCUGCAAGGGGGAAGAGGGCGAUACCCCAAAGUGCGUGAAGCAGUGCGAGGAAGGCUACUCUCCAGCCUAUGGGACCGACAAACAUUUUGGAACCACGUCCUACGGUGUUCCAACCAGUGAGAAGGAAAUCAUGGCUGAAAUCUACAAGAACGGCCCAGUAGAAGGAGCUUUCUUGGUCUAUGCUGACUUUCCCCUGUACAAGUCGGGUGUUUACCAACAUGAAACCGGAGAAGAACUUGGAGGUCAUGCUAUAAAGAUCCUGGGAUGGGGUGUGGAAAAUGGCACCCCCUACUGGCUGUGUGCAAACUCCUGGAACACAGACUGGGGUGAUAAUGGCUUCUUCAAGAUUCUGCGUGGAAAGGAUCACUGUGGGAUUGAGUCCGAGAUUGUUGCCGGAGUUCCCAAAAACUAGAGCUUUUAUCAAUUUCUUUUAACUCUGAAGUCUGCUGCGAUAUGAUUUUUUAUUUAGAGGAGGAAAUGGAGUUGGGGGGCGAGAAACGAUUCAAGUAAAAUAUCACUAGGGCUAUUUUUCUAUGGCAACAGGACUAAGAGCAGGGCAUGCUGGGAAACUAAUCCUUGUUGCCCUAGAAAGUGAUGUUCUGGCCCAGCAAUUCUGCAACUCCCAGGAACCCACUGGGAGUUGCUGUAACAUCAAUAUUUGGAAGCUGCCAAUCCCUGUAAUAGGAAUAAUCUACAUUUUUUUUAUUUUAUUUUUUUUCGGGGGGGGGGGGGGUGGCAGGGGAAUCUCCACAGACUGACGCACCUCAUUUAAAUAAUUUUAAUUGUUUCCACCGCUGUGAUUGGAGGGCUCCAUUGUGCGACAGUUUAAUGAGUCUAUAGAUAUUAGUUUUUUUUUUUUUUAAUUCAUAAGGGGGUUGUUCUACUCCUGGUUCUACCCGCAACCACUAUAUGAUUCUGUGUAACUCCUGCCAUUGCUUCUGACACUUGUGAUCCUGGUGCACAACUGCAAUGCCAUUUAAAGCUACAGGCAUCGGUGUGGGCGGAGCCAGCCCAUGAAACCGAACGCUUAGGAACGAGCAAUUCCUUGGAUGAUACCACGUGCCUCUUGUAUACACGGCUCAUGUUGCCUUUUUUAGUUUGUCUUUUAAAAAGAUGGUAGUGUCAAUUGUUUUAAUUUGCCAAUAAAAUGCCUUCGUCUUCCUUUUAA